AUGGAUUUUUUAGUAACUUCAUGUUCCACUUCAAUAGAAUCUCCAAUAGGCCGCCCUAUUAUUCUACCUUCCUCAUUUCAAGGGUCUCCCAGGAAUAUGCAAGAACGGUAUCAUGAUGCUAUGACUAUUGUUUUAAAAUAUGGUAGACCUGAUUUAUUCAUAACUUUUACUUGCAACCCUACUUGGUCAGAAAUAAGUGAAAAUCUAUUUGCCGGCCAAACAACAACUGAUAGACCAGAUAUAGUAUGUCGAGUUUUUAAAAUAAAAUUAAAUGCAUUUAUAUCGGAUAUCCUUAAGAAUAAAAUAUUUGGGACAUCUUUAGCUUAUGUGUAUACAAUUGAAUUUCAAAAAAGAGGCCUACCACAUGCCCAUUUGUUAAUUAUAUUGAGUAAAGAGAAUAAAAUUGAAACAUCGGAGGCAAUAGAUAACUAUGUUUCAGCUGAAAUACCUGAUAGGCUAACAAAUCCAAAAUUAUUUGCUAUUGUAACACGCUGCAUGAUACAUGGCCCCUGUGGCAUAAUAAAUCCCCAAUCUCCGUGCAUGGAUAAAGGCAUGUGUACCAAAAAUUUCCCCAAGGAUUUUCAAAAUGCCACCAAAUCUAAUAUUAAUGGCUACCCCUCAUAUAAAAGAAGGAAUUUGGCUCCAAUUUUAAUAUCUAAGAAAUGGGUAGAUAAUAGAUUUGUUAUCCCGUACAAUUCUUAUUUACUACUAAAAUAUAAUGCGCACAUAAAUGUAGAAAUUUGUACUUCAAUUAAAUCGGUUAAAUAUAUUUUUAAAUACGUAUACAAAGGGUAUGAUUGUGCUAAUGUAGUUUUAAAUGUCGAUUCUCCCCCUACUAAAUAUGACGAAAUUAAUAAUCACAUAAAUGCACGCUAUGUAAGCUCAUGUGAAGCUAUGUGGCGCUUAUUAGAAAACCCCAUGCAUGAUCGUUCUCAUGCAAUUAUCCGUUUAGCAGUACAUAUGCCAUUUAAACAGUUAAUUUAUUUUCAACAAGGACCUGAAAAGUCGGCCAUGGAAAGAGCUAUUUAUAAAAAUACAACCCUUACUGCUUGGUUUAUUUUAAAUCAACUUUCUCCUUGCGCUAGAAAAACCUUUAUGAUAUCAAAUGUGGGGAACGCUUUUAUCUUCGUCUACUUCUUCUCCACGUGCCUGGAGCUACGAGCUGAGUUUUUGCGAACUGUAGACGGUAUAUUAUUAAACAUGUUUAAAGAUGCCGCUAUUAAUAGAUCAUUAUUAUGCGAUGAUAACGAAUGGGAAAAAUGUCUAGAUGAGGCCUCUUUAUUUCUAAUGCCAUCUCAAUUACGCCACACUUUUGCUUUUAUAUGCGUUUUCGGCCAUCCUCAAAAUCCUACAUCUUUAUGCAACCAAUUUGGCUUUACAUAUAUUUUAACAACUCUCAGUGUUCAUGGGUACAAUUGUAAAGAUUUUAAUCUUCCUACUCCUGACCCUAUCCCUCAAUCUAAUUUAUAUGAUGCUAUAAUAGAGGCAGAUACUGCAUGUGUAAUGGUAGCUAAUCUUAAUUUAUUACAGCGUAACGCUUUUGAUAAAGUUAUCCAGGCUAUUGCCGAUCCCUCUUUUACACCUAAAUAUUUUUACAUAGAUGGUCCCGGUGGAUCAGGCAAAACAUAUCUGUACAAUACUCUCAUGCAUUAUCUUAGAGGACAACAUAAAACUGUCAUACCAUUUGCUACCACAGGUAUAUCUUCUAUCCUUCUUAUAGGUGGAAGAACUAUCCAUAGUGGUUUUAAAAUUCCAGUACCAAUUUUAGAUACAUCCGUUUCACGCAUGAAAACUAAUUCAAUAGAGGCUCAGAAACUUAAAAAUGCACACUUAAUAAUUAUAGAUGAAGUAAGUAUGAUGACUAAACAUGCUUUACGGUGUAUAGAUUUAUUACUUAGAGAUAUUAUGCAAACAUCCAACCCCUUCGGUGGUAAGGUUAUCUUAUUAGGAGGAGAUUUCAGACAAACACUUCCUGUUAUACCUAGAGGUACUAAAACAUCUAUAUUAGAAUCGUGUAUAAAAUGUUCACCUCUAUGGCAUAUUUUUUUGCAACUUAAAUUAAAAGAUAAUAUGAGAAUUUUAGACGAUGAUUCUGAGUACAAUAAUUGGCUCUUACAAAUUGGCGAAGGGAAAACACCAACCUUAUCCCCCCUUACUUCCGACUAUGUUGAAAUUCCUCUAACAAUGAUAGAGGAAUCUUUAAUAUAUUCUAUAUAUGGCGAUUUCAAUUUACUUAAUAAUGUUGAAUACCUAGCGCAACGUAUUAUUUUAACAACAAAAAAUAAAGUAGCAUUGGCAUUAAAUAAUGAUAUAAUUUCAAAAUUACCAUCUCCAAUUAAACAUUACUAUAGUUCAGACUCAUUAAUUUCAGAUAACGUUGAUGAUUCUAAUAAUUACCCCAUAGAAUUCUUACAUUCACUAACACCUUCGGGCAUGCCUCCUCAUAUAAAUAAUAUCCCAUUCACCAUCGCUAAACCAUCUUCAUCACCAACAAUAGUUAUUUACGGCAAACUAUGUGCAAGGGAAUUACAACAUCAUCUUCAAAAACGACACCACAUUGAACAAAGAAAAGAAAACUUCUUCACCAUCGCUAAACCAUCUUCAUCACCAACAACA